UGUCAUGAUUGGCUGAUGCAGCGGCGAGCUCGGCAGGAUGCCCGCACGCCUGACAAGAUGAAGAGGAACGAGUCGCUGGUCGCCAACGGCAACCUGAGUUUGGAGGAGAAGAAGAGGAAGAUCCUGAGAUGUCUUCGUCGUCUGGAGGGACUCGGAGUCCUGAGAGCCCCCCACCCCGAGAACCAGAUCCUGCAGAUGAUCGCCAAGGACAUCCGUCAGCAGCGUGUGCACCGCCAGCGGCGAGGGGCGGAGCUUCAGAAACUCCGUCAGACUCUCAGCAGCCUGCAGGACAAGAGCAGCUUCCACAGCCAGCAGGUGGACUACUACAGACAUUACAUCACUUCCUGUCUGGACCACCUGACUCACAGCAGUAAGUCGACCAAUAAGAAGAAGCUUCCUGCUCUGAGCUACAGCGCCGCCCGGCUGCAGGAGAAAGGAGUUCUGGUGGAGAUCCAGGACCUGCCAGUUACACAGUUUAAGAACGUGGUCUUUGACAUCGUCCCUGGACCGGAGAAAGGAACGUUCAACGUCAAAGCUCGAUUCCUCGGCAUCGAGAUGGAAGAGUUCCCGCUCAAAUACCAGGAUCUGCUGCAGCUGCAGUACGAAGGCGUGGCCGUGAUGAAGAUGAUCGACAAAGCCAAAAUCAACGUCAACCUGCUCAUCUUCCUCCUCAACAAGAAGUUCUUCAAGAAAUGAAGUCCUGCUCUUCUUCUACACACCUAUCUCUGGUUUAAUAUCUACAACAGAGUGACCAAUCCUCUCUACACUCCUAUCUCUGGUUUAAUAUCUACAACAGAGUGACCCAUCCUCUCUACGCUCCUAUCUCUGGUUUAAUAUCUACAACAGAGUGACCCAUCCUCUCUACUCUCCUAUCUCUGGUUUUAUAUCUACAACAGAGUGACCCAUCCUCUCUACACUCCUAUCUCUGGUUUUAUAUCUACAACAGAGUGACCCAUCCUCUCUACGCUCCUAUCUCUGGUUUAAUAUCUACAACAGAGUGAC